AUGCCAUGGAAGGGGUGUCGUCUUGGUGCUGAUGACCGAAAUUCGCAACCACACCACUCCGUCAAUCCGGAGUCUGCCCCUGCGCGCCAUAGCGAACAUAUUCCUCGCUCCAACUCCGCCAUGGACCAGCUCGCUCCCCGCCUUUCAGAAUCUACUGCCAAUUCACCGCUGGCCGGAGAACCCGGGGGUGCUGAGAGAUCUGAGAGAACCCUGUCCGACAAUGGGCCUGCGGGAUCCGGAGGAAAAUCAGUUCCUAAUGCCAAACAACAGGGCACAACUAUAUUCAACAGAUUCAGUCUGAUGAGAUUCAGGCACGCGUCGGAUCCCCAGUUAUCAACGUCGUACAACGAAGCGGAGACACCUCCCGUUCCUUCUCUACUCCCUCCCCCUACAAUAAUUACUACAUCGCCUACCAUCACAGACCCUAAACCCACCCCUAAGCGGAAGAACAGAUUCAAACUUGGAACGCAAAAACCAGUUUUGGAACAUGCGACAGCCUCCCCCCCACACUGUGACCAUACACCUAAAAAUUCCAACUCUUCGAACGGAAGUUCAUCAUUUCGACAAAUUGCUGGGAUGGGUAGCCCACAAACCGCCCCUUCGAGUCUCAGAGUCUCUCAUAUCAGCUUUGAAUACCAGGGUAGACUAUCAACUACCUCCGUAGGGAGCAGUGGGGCCUUACGCGCCCAGGGCGACGGCAUUUCAUUGCCUGGCACGCGAUUCUCGGAAUCUUCUAGAUCAGACGGCAGCUCUGCGGAACAUGGAGUCUAUUUGAAAAAUGGCACUGUGGCAAGCACCAGCUCUCUUUUUCGCCUUCCGCGGCUGAAACGCAGCCGAAGCCCACUUUUCCCGUUGCCUGUAAAAGUCAACCCUUCGAGCCAAGUUUCGCAGCCACCAGAGCCCAAGAGAACUCAGACUGGGAACAACAAAAAUCGCAUUUCUGCGGAUCAGAAUCAUGACAUUGCUCCAUCGCUUCCACCACUUCCGUCGCCAUCGCCUUCACCACUAGAUUUUGGAACUCCAGGUACAAUCUCUCCGGGGAUGCCUUUAAUUCGAAAAGACUCGAGAUCGUCAGCACGCUCCGCGACGUCAUUAAGUUCGCCGAAGCCAUCGACUCGCGUAUCACGAAGGGAAAGGUCGUCUACUAUGAGCUCCCUUGCUGAUAUUCAAGAUGUUCCACAUCAGUUGUCCCCGGAUUUAGCUCCAUCCAGUCGGACUUCGACAUACACUGCCGCCAGGAAAAGUUUCGGUGAUCUUUUCGGUCUCCCAGGUCGGUUUAAAUCCAAUCCUGACCAAAACGGGACAGGCGAUGCCUCCCCAUGUUUUGGCGCACCUGCCACACCCGCGUCAGUUGCGUCCAAGUCCAAUUCCUUCUCCAUCGCCCGGGAUUUAGUUUCGUGGCCAGCUAGAGAACAAGAUGAUUCUCCAGCCACUUACCUGUCGCGAUUGGAAAGCUCAGUUCGUCGCGGUGUAAUUGCUACUAUCUUGUCUCAAUCUUCAGAGGAGUUUUAUUCUACAGCUUUAAGAAAGUACAUGCGUGGAUUUUCUUUUUUCGGUGAUCCUAUUGAUAUGGCAAUACGUAAACUUCUUAUGGAAGUAGAGCUGCCAAAAGAGACACAGCAAAUUGACAGGGUGCUCCAAAGCUUCGCGGACCGUUAUCAUGAAUGCAAUCCAGGCAUAUAUGCUUCAACAGACCAAGCUUAUUUCAUUUCAUUUUCCCUGUUGAUUUUGCACACGGACGUCUUCAAUAAAAAUAACAAGAGAAAGAUGCAAAAAUCAGACUAUGUCCGCAACACACAAGGAGAGGGAGUGGCUGAAGAAAUACUUGAAUGUUUUUAUGAAAACAUAGUUUACACACCAUUCAUCCAUGUGGAAGAUGAACUUAACCUGAGUCGCCUCUUGGCCCCCAAACCACGGAAACCUUUGUUCAAAGUUCCCAGUGCAGAUAGCCUACCGAGCCUCUCCCGUGACCCUGUUGACCCGUAUGCCCUGAUAUUGGAUGGCAAGCUAGGCUCACUACGGCCUAAUCUCAAGGAGGUCAUGGAACUGGAAGACGUAUAUAGUCCAUUUGCUACCGGCCAAACUCCAGAUAUGGAUGCCCUGCAUCGCACAUUUAAUAAAUCAUCGGUACUGCAGAUUGUUUCCGCGAGAUCAAGGCCCGAUGCCUUCCUUACCUCAAGUAGCAUUGCGAAUCCUGCAGAAUCGCAUCCUGGACUCGUGGAUAUCAGGGUCGCUAAAGUCGGCUUGUUAUGGCGAAAGGAUCCUAAGAAAAAGAAAACCAGAUCUCCUUGGCAGGAAUGGGGUGCCGUACUGACAGGUUCACAGCUUUAUUUUUUCAGAGAUGUACAGUGGGUGAAGUCAUUAAUUUCUCAAUGCGAAUCGCAUGACAAGCACGGCCGGCGCCGAGCGGUCACCUUCAAGCCUCCCAUUACAGAUUUCAAGCCAGAUGCUAUUAUGUCAACCCAUGAUGCAGUUGCUCUUUUAGAUUCUAGUUACAAGAAACAUAAGCACGCCUUUCUCCUCGUCCGCCGUGGUGGUUUUGAAGAGGUUUUCCUCGCUAAUAGUGAGGCUGAUAUGCUGGAUUGGCUUGCCAUGAUCAACUACGCAGCCAGUUUCCGCACCACAGGAGUCCGAAUGCGAGGAAUGAUUGGGGCCAAUUACGAAGGGCAUGAGGAUAGGAAAUCAACUCGCAAGGAUUCCACAACUUCAGAAACGUCAAAUACACCUGUUCCCGACAACCCGGCGCCCAAUCGUAGAAUGGAUCCCGGCUUAGUCGAAGAGGUUUCAGUGGCACGUCGCGAACUAAUGUCACAAAGAAUCAGGGAGGCAAAUGAGAAACUAUUUUCUGCGCAAAAGGAGCUCGACGAAUUAUUAAGAAACGCCAGACACCUCCAGGUCCUAACUCCUAUUCAUCCUAGAACGAGGGACCAAGUUAUCCUAGCUGCUGGGAGAAUGUCAGCAAAGAUAAAGUGGGCAAGGCUGGAGAUCUCACGGACAAAGUGUCAUCGCGAAAUGCUUGUUCUUGAAUUAUCCGGUGAAGAACGUCUGCACUUGGAGAAACAAUCGUUCAAUCCCUUAAAUUCUAUACUAGUCUCAAAUUCGGACCAACGUCGCCCGUCAAAACCAGAGUCAGUUACAACCGCCGAACUGAUAUCCCUCAAAAAUGAUGGCACUUUUGGGCCUGUUCGGGCUGUCACUCCGGUAUCUCUCGAAGGAGGAGCGGGCCCGCCAUCCGAAACAAUUUCUCCUCGCGCAAGGCGACCAAGCACCCUUACAUCUGUUGUUCCUGCGCAAAUCAGUUCCGUUCAAAAGAAAACUUCUGCUGCUGGUUCCAAAGAGGAUUCCGUCACUUCUUCAUAUGUCGAUCCCACCACAAAUGUCUCGCCACGCCAGCUGUCCGUCAAGAGCUCUGUGCUCAGCAGCACAGUCGAUGAUUCAAGUAGCGUUCAUGUACCAUCUGGUGGUUCAACUCCCACGCGAAGCGUCAAUGAUGAAGAAGAGCGUUUCUUGCGGGAAGCUGGAAUCCUUACUACCAGAAAUUCGCCUCAUUCACUAAAGCUGACAGAUGCUCUAAAUGAAGAUGACAAGGAAAGGUUACAUGACAUAGGUGCAGAAUCCAGUUCGGGUGAUCAUCGCAGCAAGGCUCGUCGAGGUUUGCAUCGUAGCCUUCGCGAGGCACAUCACAUUCCCCAUCCUCAUCCCCAUCCUCAUCUUCUUCACCAUCAUCAUCGAAGCAAGAAAGGAAGGGAAUCAAGCAUCACGACGUCUGCCGCUGACGAUGGUUCCCCUGUUGCCGAGACGGAAAGUCUUGCCCGCGGAGCGGGCAGUUUUACGCUACAUGGCAAAAAGGCAUCCGUUGUCAAUUUUGGAUCAGAGUGGCAGAAUAUGUCUCAUGAACAACGGUUAAAGCUGCGCAAGCCGAUACAAUAUGAGGACUCCAGGGUUUCUGGAGUUUUGAAUAUUGGCGAUGGAACUGAGUCCCUCGUUUCGGACUCUGCCAUCAGGAGGCGGGCAAACUCUCUCCGAUCAACUAGCACAGAAACUGCUAUGAGUAUAGGGAACCAAGAUGCUACUGAUGGAACAAGCGAAGCUCCCGAGGUUAUCAAACCUCUAGUUGAGGAAGACAUGAUUGUUAACGAAUCUCAAUCUAAACCCGUUGACUGCGUUGUCGAGGAAGAUGCCUCUCCUAUGCAAUCCAAACCCGGCGAACUCUCUCUAACUUCGCAACCUCUAAAACUUGAUGAGCACAGCACCAAUGCAAAAGAAAUAUCCAUAAACUCAGAUGACCAAACCGAUGCCACAGACCAUGAAUCCCCUAACCCCCAAAAGCGUGAUGGCUCCUGCCAUCGUAGCAGGUCACAAGAACAGCCCAACCACACCACUCCUGAACAAGCAGUUAGUGCAUGA